AUGCUCAAUCAGGCAGCGGAGCAGGGUUUCCUCCCAGCUCUCACAGCCUUGGGAUGGUAUUAUCAGGUCUUUGAGAAUGACUACAGGAGGGCCGUGGAGUUCUGGGAGAAGGCCGACGAGAUGGGGGACCCCGUGGCCCCCUCCAACCUCGGGGCCUUCUAUGUCUACGGCCAGUACCCGGGGAAAGACAGAGAUGAGGAAGAUGAAGCGGCAGAGAGCCAAAGGCACUGCUCUGCCCCCACCUCUGUUCAGAAACUAGGAAAUUGCCGGGACCACCCGACAGCCGUGAUCAUGCAAACAUUAUCUCUGGGGCCAAGACGACUCCAGCCCCAGCCCUGCAAAGACCUGCCCUGGUUCCUUCCAUGUACCUUCCCCUACGAGACUUCCCCCUUCUCCUGUGGUCUCAUCUGCAGGUUUCCCGAGAGCCUUUAUCUGAAUGACGAAGAGGGAUGGUUUGUCCUGGGGGACUCCAAGUACAUCCUGGGGGUGCAGGGAUUUUUCGGCCCCUCCAGCUACUACAGGAGCAGCACCCAGGCCUCAUUGCAGACUGAACCACCAAAGCUCUUGCAACACCUGGAUCUGCCCCAGUGGUUUGCCACGUGCCAAAAGUUUAAGGACGCUGUUUUUGCCCGGCUGCCUCUCUACCAACUCCAGCGAGCUUGGAAGCUUUGGCAAGAAACAUGCCAUCCCGAAUACGAGGCUCUUGCUGUGCAGCAGAGGACAAGUUCUCCUGGGGAGCCACGCUGUUGGCAGUGGGAAGCCCCGUAUCCCCGCCGGCGAGCAGCCGUAUACACCCUUCUGCAGCGGGCAGUUUGGAGAAGAGGUGACCAGUUCGUGAACAUGGAGACCGUGGCCGGCGCACUCUUCCAAAGGUUUGAGAAGCGAGUGGCAGGUCUACAGGAUCUGGCCCAUUUGAACAACUUUUACCCCCAGCUGCUGCAGGCCGGAUGCCUGGGACACUCCCGAGCCCUCUAUCUCAUCUCCACCCUGCACCGGACUGGCUUGGGACUGCCCUUGGACUCCACCAAGGCGGACGAUCGUCUUUCCGGAAUGCAGCUGGGCCACAAACACCACCUGGGGGUGGAUGGACUUCCUGUGGACCACGACCUCUCUUACGCCUACUACGCCAACGUUGCAGCCCAGACCGUAGCUGACCGGGAGCUGUCCAGGGAGGGGCAGGCCUUUGUGGAGCACAUCCGGCUGACUGACGAGGACGCCCUCAAGCUGCAGACCAAAGAGAACGAUGACCUCUUUGUGUGGCUGAGGUUCCAGGCUCGGAGAGGCAUGGCCGAGGCUCAGCAAGCGGUGAGCAGGAUGUUGUUCUGGGGGCAGCAAGGAAUCUCCAGCAAGCUGAAGGAAGCGGUGAAGUUCUACGAGAAAGGAGCCGCUCGGCUCAAAGACCCCACCCUGAUGUACGACUAUGGAGUGGUGCUUCUGAAGGGGACUGUGACCGUGCCUGUAGUGCCGUGGACAGGAGGCUGUUCCAGACAGCAGAGCCUUAUUUCCACUGCAAGCCACAAUGGGAAGUGAGUCACCCGUUGACCACACAAG